UGAGGAGAGGGAAGCUCGAGGAGAGGGACGCUGCGUCUGUUGUAUCUCGUCAUGAGCACCGCAGCUUCCUCAUCGACCAGAUAAGAGCUUUUGUAUCGAUGCUCAGGCCGCAGCAAGGCUCCACAGCAUGUUGUUUCGCUUGCUGGUUGCUUCAACCGCCGUGCUAGCAGCCGUAUUGGGUGUGGGAUAUCACUACUUCCGCCCUCUCUACCCGCGGCGACUCGCCAUCAUUGAGUGUGAGCAACCACACACUCAGACGUGAUGCAAUUCUGGUGCAAUUCAUCUGAAAGAACCGCUUUACCUUCUUCUCAGGUGAGGGCGGCACGGACAAGGCAGCUCACGGCCACCGUGCGGACACGCCGCCUCUCCAGCGGGCAUUUGAAAGGCACGGGUACCACGCUGACAUCAUCUUCUUUGCCGAUGACCAUGCCUCGUGGCUUGCCAAGGAGCUGCCACGCAACUACACGGCGGUGAUGAGUCGGGUGGACCCAGGCGAUUACCUCUACUGCACUGAGGGACGGCUGCACGCCUUCCUGAGGACGCUCAACGCAUCUGGGAUGGUCGUCUUCAACCACCCUGACAUUCAGCACAAGAUGGGGUGGGCGAGGGGAAGGAGAAAAACGUGUGCCGCGUGAUUGCUCUCGUCAUGGGUGUGCUGGUCUUUCCCGCCCCAUGUGUGUGCGUGUCAGUUCGAAGGCGAGUCUGCUCAAGCUCGAGGGCAUGCCGCUUGCCAACCCUGACGCCUACCACUACCACAGCUUCGAACAUUUUGUCAGGUCAGCAGGCGGACGAGUCAGGCGCCACUGGAGGCAAUUCACUCGCUGUCUGCGUCUUUGCUUUGUGUGUAUGAUGUCAGUCAUUUUGCGGCGAUCCUUCCGCAGAUGGCGGCAGAUGGGAGGAUGCGUGUUCUGAAGCAGAACCGCGGCUCCAAGGGGGAGGGCGUCUGGCGAGUCGCUGUCAAUCUCACCUCUGGCGGCGUCAUGGGCGUCUUGGCCGAGGAGAAGACGGUCGACGAACAGCAGCAGCAGGCGCAGAGGGUGGUUCUCGAUCGCAGGAACGGCAAGGCCGAGGGGAGGGACGGCAAAGGCAAAGGCAACGGCAACGGCAACGGCAACGGCAAUGCUUCCACAGGCAGCAGUAGCAACAGCAAGGCGCUGAUCGUUCCCAAGAAGGCGUCCAUCCAGCUGACGCCAGACACCAUGCUCGUUCUGACAGAGGCCAAGGACAACCACGAGGAGUCGCGGACCUUUCAGAACUUCACUUCAUUCUUCGAGCGUUAUUUUGAGGAGCAGGGGGACUCUGUCGUCAACCAGGCAUACCUCACACGCAUCAGCGAAGGCGAGAUUCGCGUCAUCCUAUCAGGUCGGUGGGCAGCGCAGCACAGCACAGCACAGAAGGGAGAGAGAGCGAUCGGAGAUAAAUGUGUGUGACGUACGUGUAUGGUCAGGUCGGACAAUCCUCAAGGUGGUGGAGAGGCGGCCCGACGCGUCCACCAACAGCGACGCCUUCUCUGCCAACCUGGGAGCAAUGGCCACCCACGACUACUACGAUCCGCGAGAGCGGCCGUCGAUCGUUGACUUCCUGCACUCGCAGCUGGGCGAGAUGCUCGACCGGCUGGACGUGUCGGAGCCGCCUGUGCUGUGGACGUGUGACUUCAUCCGCGACGGGCCACCAGAGAGGACCGUGUACAUAUUGAGCGAGAUCAAUGCUGCGUGUGUUGGGUUCUCUGGCCACCCGCCGCUGGCCGACCUGGUGGCACAGAGGGUCAUCGACACGGUCGAGAGGAUCAAGAGAGGCAGAUGACAUCGAUGGGCAGGGCGGGAGGGCGGGAAGGGUCCCUGUACACGAACAUCUGUGAAUGUGUAUGUCUUUGUGUUCGUAUGUGUGGAUGGUUUUGUUCUGGUGAGGGGGGAGGGGGAGGAAAGUACCAGAUGAUAUGGAUGGAUGGAUGGAUGGUGAAGGGUAGUAGGGGAGGGAGGGGCGACGACCAUUGAGCAGGCACCGUGUUUUUCUGUCAGUCAGCAGAUGGAUGGAUGGAUGGGGCGAUGAGUGUGGUGUGCAUGCUCUGUGGUGAGUUUGCGAUUGUGAGCGUAGGAAUGCGAAUGAGUGCGUGUAGGCGACGUGCCGUCAGUGCAAUGUCGUAUUCUUCGUUCGUGCGCUG